AUGUUGCCGUUCCUGAGGACGAAGGUGCUGACGACGAGCGUGCCAGUUCCUCCGCUCCGUCACCAACUGAAGCAACUCCUCGUAGAGGUGACCAGUAGAGGUGACCAGGAAUUUCCACCUUCCAAUGCAUCACCGGAGUCGAACAUUGCUUUGAGUUCUUCACGCCAAGCAGCCUGGUCUCUCGACAUGGAAUCUACCGAACGUGCUGCCGCAGUGGCAACUGCUGGUAGCGCUGCUAUUGGAACACAAUCACCACCUACACCAGGAGACAAUGACGCUUUGAAUUCGGAGGUUGAAGGGAAUGGAGUAUCUGGCGCGUGA